AUGACUUCCAAAAUCACGCUCUACUUUGACAUUGUCAGCCCCUUUGCGUACAUCGCUUUCCACGCGCUGCAAAACUCCCCAGCCUUCCGCAAUUGUACCGUCUCCUAUGUUCCCAUCUUUCUCGGUGGUUUGAUGCAUUCUUGUGGUAAUACGCCGCCUAUUAGGAUUAAAAACAAGGACAUCUGGAUCAAUCAAGAGCGCAUCCGAUGGUCUCGCUAUUUCAGAGUCCCGAUGGUCGACCAUUUCCCCAAUGACUUCCCGCCAGUGACGCUGGGUGUGCAGCGCGCUCUUUGCGCUGUCUCCCAGAGAUACCCGGAGCUGCUUGUUCCUGCGAUCGCAAGUUUGUAUUAUGCGUUCUGGGCGGAUGGAAACUCCAAGGUUAUACAGCCCGAGAUUUUUGGUCCGAUUCUGGAAAAGGUGUUGGGGAAGGAGAGGACACAUGAGAUUGUGAAGGAUUCCACCACAUCAGACAUCAAGAGCCUAUUGAACGAAAACACCGACCGCGCAUUCAGGUCCGGUGCUUUCGGUCUUCCCUGGUUCGAAUGCACUAACCCCCAGGGUGAGAUGGAGGGAUUCUGGGGAAUUGACCACUUGGGCCAGGUGGCCGACUUUUGUGAAUUGGAGCGCAGAAUCGAGCCGGGAUUCCGCGCACUGUUGUAA